GAUGUGAUUUCAGGUGAAAGACACCAGGGAGGACAAUUGCUGGAAGAACCAAAACUGCUGCAUUUCAAAGGGAAUACCUUCAGCCUUCAGAUUUCUGUUCUUGAUAUUCCCCCUUUUCUCUGGAGAAUUAAACCAUUCACAGCAUGUCAGGAAGUUCCUUUUUCUCGUGUGUGGUGCAACAACAAGCAACCACUUCACUGUGCCUUUUCCCUGGAGCGCUACACUCCUGCCACCACACAACUCUCAUGCAAAAUAUGUGUCAGACAAGUCAAAGGCCAUGAACAGAUCCUACAGAUUCAGACAUCGAUUCUAGAGAAUGAAAGAGAAACUAUCACUUUUUUUUCACAUGAUGACAUCAACUUUCCUGUUCAGAUGGGCCCACAAGCCUUUAAGAUACCUUACUCUAUCAGGCAAAGAAUAUGUGCAACUUUUGACACGCCCAGUGCCAAAGGCAAAGACUGGCAGAUGUUAGCACAAAAAAAUAGUAUCAACAGGAAUUUGUCUUAUUUUGCUACACGUCACAGCCCCUCUGCGGUCAUUUUGGACUUAUGGGAAGCCAGACACCAGCACGAUGGUGACUUAGACUCUCUAGCCUGUGCUCUGGAAGAAAUAGGAAGGACACAAUCCCAAAUUUCUAACCUUACAGAAACUCAAAUGGAGGAAUCCAACUUCAUCUACAGCAGACAAAAUGGACUUUAACCGUCACUUUUCUUUCAGAGAAUCAAGAGUGAGUUUGAACUGAAAUGGAGUCCCUGUUAGCAGGGAAGAAGCCACAUCAUGCAUUUGCACCACCACCCAACUUUCACUCAGUGGGUCACUUCCUCCUUCUGUCCUCAAGCCAGGUCCCCUUUGGAGGAACAGAAGAAGCUGGUAAACCACGACUAUUACACAGAGACUUUUCUAUGCUGGAUAAAAAGGGAAAAAAAACACCCCUCCUCCUCCACCCACACACUUGCAUGUACACAAAUUCUAUGCUUGUGUGCUAACAAUCCUUCAGACACAAAGUGUGUAUGAAUACACAGCGCUUCAACUAAGAAAAGAAAAUAUGAAAAUUAUUGCAGAUGCUUGGAAUUGUCUUUGUGUAAAUGUGUGUGGAGUAAGGGAGGUGUUUGAGUUGCUUGUUUUUUUCUUUGUUUGAUCAACUUAUAGGUUAGUUUGUAACUUGAAAAUAGGCAGCAUGAUGUCCCUUUGAUGAAUAUGACCAUACUGGGGGCAUAGGCAAGGAUUUGAGGUCACUGCUGGUAUCAAUGGUAGAGAAUGCACAGAAAUAUACUGCUACAUUUUGGAGUUAUUUUGGGGGCUUAGAGCUAAAGCAAAAUGUUUCCUGCAAUAUAUUUUUUAAGCAAAUUUCUGAAGGUUUUUUCUCUUUUUUAUCCAUUUGAUUAAAAAUACUAGUUGCAUAGUUUUCUUUAGAAAUGUUGUCCAUUUUUAGAGAAUAAAGGUUAUGAAUGUAGACAAUUUUUUUUAAAAAAUCUUUUUUCUCCUUUCCUGACUUGAGAAAAACUGGGACAUGGUCUCUCUUUACUAUAUAUAUAUAUAGUAUAUAUAUAAUUGAGGAAUUCAAGAGGUUGCGUGAACAGAAUUCUUAAAAAAUGUUACUGGUGAUUCAGUUUUAUUUGUGCUUAUGUUAUGUGGAAAUCAGCAGUUUAAAUCUUUUCUUAUUUGGUGAAAAAGGCAUCUGAUGCUCUGUUUUAAUCUCAAAAUACGUGAGAAUUUAUUUCAAAUUUGUCUUGGUAUGCUUUUUAGAUGACUUUAUAAUAGGAAGGCUCUAUUGCAGUGGUGGGUUUCAAAAAUUGUUCGAACCUACUCUGUGGGUGUGGCCUCCUUUGUGGGAGU